AUGACAACUUAUCACCCGCCAUGCCACCGUAAUACUGCCAACGGUCACCUCUCAACCAAUUGGAACUACUUUUAUCCUGAUUGUUCCUAUCGCUACCAACCAGCCCCAGCCAAUCUCCACCUCAACAACUACACCCUGUGCACGAUAUAUUUUUUCUGCAGCAAGGAAGCCAAACAGACCGACUCCUGCGAGUGUGUUACGAUCAGCUCGCCCACCCUCGAAGAUCUGCCUGGUUUCCUUGGCAAGCAAGCCCGAAGGGGUCCUGGUCAAACUUUUCUCUUGCACCGAGUUCUGCGCUGCCGUUGUGAGGAGGGCCAGGCGCUCGACUUCGAUACCGCCAAUGCAUCCGACAACUCGAACUGA